AUGGAUGUCGCGGCUGCAACGCCGCCGGCAACCUCCUCUCCGGUGGUGGAAGGGGAGGCUGGAAAGUCUCAACCCGCACCCAAGCGGGUUAGAAUCCUCAAGAGAUCGUUUGCGGAAACUGCUGUGGACUCGACACUGGUGGGAGAUGAUCCUAUGUCGGAGAAAGUGGAUGAUGAUUGGCUAGAAGAUGGAUCGGUGAUGGAACUGGAAGAGACCAAAAGCGUAAUCUAUGAAGGGGUUCCAGUUGUUAAAAUCCCCAAAGAACUUCGAGCGGAACUCGAAAGACCUUGGCACAAGGCCUUGAUUCUCAAGUUCCUGGGAAAGCCUACGGCUUUCAUGCUCCUGCAACAACGCCUCCUUCGACUUUGGAACACGUCGGGCAAGGUAGAGUUACUGGACGUUGGCAUGGGCUUCUAUAUGGCGAGGUUUGAUCUAGCAUCUGACUACAGACAUGUGUUGUUGGAUGGCCCGUGGAAACUGUUCGACUGCUAUAUUAUCCCCCAAAGAUGGCGGAGGAAUUUUGAUCCUCAAACCGCGAAGCUGGAGAGUAUGGUGGUGUGGGUUCGUCUGCCAGGCCUGCCAGUAGAACUUUUCCGUGAAGAUGUGAUCAAAAAAAUCCUUGAGCCGGUGGGGAAGACCAUUAAAGUCGACAAAACCACGGCGGGGAUCGAAAGGGUGAGAUUUGCAAGAGCGGCUGUGGAGAUCGAUCUUCGCAAACCGCUAGGCUCUAUGGUGGCAGUUGAUGAAGUGCUUCAGAAGGUAUCAUUCGAAGGGCUUCACGCCAUCUGCUUUGGGUGCGGAGAAGUUGGGCACGUCUCGACCAACUGCGCCAAAACCAUGACCCCGGAACACUCGAAUUCGGACCUCCAUGCUGAUGCAGGGAUGCAGGUUGAAAAAUCUGGGCAAGAAGAAGGGCCAAAAGUCAUCCAAGUGCCUGAAAAAUACGGAGCUUGGAUGAUAGUCUCGAACAAACAUUCCAGAGCCAAAGAAAAGGGGAAGAACAAGGGACCCAAAUCUGCCCCUAAAUCGCAGGCCCCUAAAUCUACCCACGUCGACGGCCAAAAGUCGGCGGCAAAACAGAAGGCUCCGGCGGAAAAAGUUGGUGAACGGAGGAAAGACAAAGGCAAAUCCACCACGGCUGCGGCAACGGUGAGUGACCCCUCUCCCUCCUUUUCUGAUCCUAAUUUGUUCUCUGCUCUACAGGAUAUUGGUGAGCUGCAUGAUGCUCCUAUCUUCGUGGAAGGAAGAAACAGGAAAAAUAAGAAGCCUGGUAAGGCUAAACAAGCUGGAAAUAAUAAUGCAGCUCCUAAACCUACCUGCAACCGUGGUCUCCUCUUAGUUUGGAAAAAAAACAUUCUUGACUUAGAGGUGGUUAGAAGUAAUUCUCAGACCAUUCACUGCAAGGUGAAAGAGGGUGGGAUUCCCGAUCUUACUUUAUCUUUCGCGUAUGUUAGGCCCAAUUUAAGGGCCAAAGAAAUGUUUUGGAAGGAUUGCAAAGACUUCGGGUACUCUCGGUCGGGGCCGUGGGUCAUGCUUGGGGACUUUAAUGACAUCGCUAAAAUCAACGAUCAUUGGGGAAACGAGCAAGUGAAUAUGAACAAUAUUUCGAGGUUCUGUAAUGCUUAUGAAGAAUGUGGCCUCAUGGAAGUUAACUCGAUAGGGCCUAAGCCAAAAGCAAGGGUUCUCACCAGAACCCACUCUGAUCACCACCCUAUUUCUUUCAUUAGUGUUGCAGGAUCGGCCCCGGAGAGGAAAGAUAGACCUUUCCGUUUUGAGGCAGCCUGGCUUACGCAUCCGGAAUACAAGGAUGUUUGGAAAUCGGCUUGGGGUGACACAUCGGGAAACGUGGUGGGAGUCAUCCACCAAGUGACGCUGUGGAGUAAAAAGUGGAAUAAUGAUGUGUUUGGUAACAUUUUUAAAAGGAAAAAUCACCUUCAAAGUCGGAUUAAAGGGAUACAAAUGUCUCCUUGGUAUAACAAUGCCCGUGGUCUCCAAAUUUUGGAACAUAAACUCAUUCAAGAACUCAAUUUGACACUGGCUCAAGAGGAGCUCCUUUGGUUUCAAAAAUCAAGGAGGGCUUGGAUUGAGGACGGGGAUAAAAAUACGAACUUCUACCAUAAAUCCACUAUAAUUCGAAGAAACAGAUGGAGAAUCCGGGCUCUAAAUCUCAAUGGUGAGUGGAUAUCUGACCCGGUGGUCCUUAAAGACCACGUAACUAGUUUCUUUUUUAAUUUGUUUCACAGGAACAAUUCAGAAGGGCAGAACGUCUCAGUUGAGCACCACGGAUAUAGCCUGGACACGGCCGAAGCUUCUACUUUAGUUCGGCGGGCUGAUUCUGAGGAAGUUAGAAAGGCGGUUUUUGGUAUGAAAAGAAUGGGAAGCCCGGGCCCGGACGGUAUCCAGGCAGCUUUCUAUCAAGAUUUCUGGGAAGUGGUUAGUAACCCCAUUACGGAUCUUGUCAACGAAGCUUUGAUAACAGGUGAGGUACCGGUAAGUCUACUGGAAUCCUUUGUCACGCUUAUCCCCAAAAAGGAUAAUCCUGAGAGCGCGGCUGAUUUCAGACCUAUUACCCUUUUAAAUGUGAUAUUUAAGAUUAUCUCCAAAGUUAUUGUUAACAGGAUGAGACCGUUUAUGGAUAAACUUGUGGGCCCCCAUCAGAACAGCUUCCUUCCGGGAAGAUCCAUGAUGGAUAAUAUUGUCCUUACACAGGAAAUCAUUAAUGGGAUGAGAAAUAAAAGAGGCAACAAAGGCUCUCUAGUUAUGAAAGUGGACCUCCACAAGGCGUAUGACAGCAUUGAUUGGAGUUUCUUAGAAAAAACGCUGAAAGACUUUGGGUUCCCUGAUAGGUUGAUAAAACUUAUCCUCUUCUCCCUCCGAGAAAGCUCGAUUAGUAUUCUCUGGAAUGGGGGGAAACUCCCGGCUUUUACUCCCGAGAGAGGCUUACGGCAAGGGGAUCCGCUGGCUCCAUAUCUGUUCAUUUUAGUCAUGGAGAAAUUGUCCAUGACCAUUCAGAUUGAAACUAGAAAGAAGAAUUGGAAACCUAUCUAUGUGGGCAGGGGAGGUUUAGGCGUGUCCCAUCUCUUCUUUGCGGACGACCUGAUGUUGUUUGGGGAGGCGUCUGAAGCUCAAACCAAGACUAUCAUGGGCUGCUUAAACUCCUUCUCUCGGCGAUCAGGUUUGCACAUUAACUUAUCCAAAUCCCUUAUCUACUGUUCUCCUAACACUUCCAACAGGAUUAAACGCUUGGUGGGGUCCACAGCCAACAUUCCUGUGACAGAGAAUCUGGGUAAGUACUUGGGUAUCCCCAUCCUCCAAAAAAGAGUUACUAAACACCAUUUCUCUUAUAUUCUGGAUAAUAUGCGUAAAAAACUGUCGAAUUGGAAAGCUGGUUUCUUAAGUUUGGCAGGUAGGAGAAUCCUGGUCCAGUCUGUCUUGGCCACUGUUCCGAUUUAUUCCAUGCAAUCUAUGGCCCUGCCAACAGGUAUUUGCAACGAUAUUGACAAAAUAUGA